AUGGCUUUCAGUAAAGGAUACCGUGUCUAUCACAAGCUGGAUCCACUUCCAUUCAGUGUGAUAGUGGAAACCAGAAACAGAGAAGAAUGUCUCAUGUUUGAAUCCGGAGCUGUGGCUGUCCUCUCUUCUGCAGAAAAAGACACAAUCAAGAAUACCUACUCCAAAGUAAUGGAUGCAUAUGGGCUCUUGGGUGUAUUAAGAUUAAACCUUGGAGACACGUUGUUACAUUAUCUGGUUCUAGUAACAGGAUGCAUGUCUGUGGGCAAGAUUCAAGACUCUGAAGUUUUUCGAGUUACUUCCACUGAAUUUGUAUCGUUACGAAUUGAUUCAACAGAUGAGGAACGUAUUUCAGAAGUGCGCAAAGUUUUGAACUCGGGAAACUUUUAUUUUGCAUGGUCUGCAACUGGUGUCAGUUUAGAUCUUAGUCUCAAUGCUCACCGCAGCAUGCAGGAGCACACCACUGACAAUAGGUUUUUCUGGAACCAGUCGCUGCAUUUGCAUCUGAAGCACUAUGGUGUGAACUGUGAUGACUGGUUGUUACGUCUCAUGUGUGGAGGAGUGGAGAUAAGGACAAUUUAUGCAGCUCACAAGCAGGCAAAAGCUUGUCUCAUUUCACGACUAAGCUGUGAACGGGCUGGCACCAGAUUUAACGUCCGGGGAACAAACGAUGAUGGUCAUGUUGCUAAUUUUGUUGAAACAGAGCAGGUGAUAUUUUUAGAUGACUCUGUGUCAUCUUUCAUACAGAUUCGAGGGUCUGUUCCAUUAUUUUGGGAACAGCCAGGCCUGCAGGUGGGAUCCCAUCGUGUCAGAAUGUCAAGGGGUUUUGAGGCAAAUGCACCAGCUUUUGACAGGCAUUUCCAAACUCUUAAAAAUUUAUAUGGCAAACAAAUUAUUGUAAAUUUACUUGGGGCAAAAGAAGGGGAGCACAUGCUCAGCAAAGCUUUUCAGAGCCAUUUGAAAGCAUCUGAACAUUCAGCUGAUAUCAAAAUGGUGAACUUCGACUAUCAUCAAAUGGUUAAAGGUGGAAAGGCAGAAAAACUACACAGUGUACUUAAACCUCAAGUCCAGAAGUUCUUAGAGUGUGGAUUUUUUUAUUUUGAUGGAAAGGAAGUUAAAAGAUCUCAAAGUGGCACUGUCAGAACAAACUGCUUGGACUGUCUGGAUAGAACAAACAGCGUGCAGGCUUUCUUUGGCUUAGAG